AUGUAUCGGCGGCCGCUGCAGUCUGCCGUCAGAAACUUUGUGAACGUGUCAGCGUCCAGAGCCGCCUACAGAAAGGUAACUACGCUGCUACUGAAGCUGCUGGAGCUAGCUUAGCUGGCUAAUAGGAUUGAAGCAAACUUACACGCCACUCAGACCAUUAUAACGGUGAACACAGAGAGACAGGGGAGGAUAACAACACAGAAAGACACGGAAUAUAAACUGUUACAAUGUCCCGUUUACGGACAUUUCCAAGCCAACACCACACCAUCUUAUCAAGCAGGUAAUUUAGAGAGAUAAGUUACCUGUGCGGACUGUCAGCAGGUGUAAGCAGGUAAACUUGACCACACAGAUUAACCCUAUUAAAGGUAGCUGUCGGUCAACGUGAACAGAUACAGACCUACACAGUCCCCAAUACUCUACAGCAGCAUGGAGUAAACUGACCUAGUUUUACUCCAAGUCCCAACACAUCAGAAUAUAACACUAUCUAACCUCAGUCCUCAUCAUUGUUGACUGUUAAUGCACAUAGAAGGGUUAAUUACCAACUAAGAAUAUUAACAAAAUGGCUUCUACUCAACUAAGUCUUGGAGGGAAGGCUGCAUUAGAUACGGGUAAAUCCAGAAAAAUGAAAGAAUCAUGGAAAAGUCUGUUAUUUUCUGAAUAUCACAAACAAUAAUAAAAUUGUGGAGAUUUUCACCAGAAGGAAUCAUCAAAAUGCUCAUACAUGGUAGAAAUACUAAAGUCAGUUUGUGUUUGCUUUCAUAUAAAGUCCAGGUGAGAGUACACACCCACAUCCAUCUGCAAAUUAUUGUUUUAUCUGCUGUUGAAGAAAGUGGGGUGAAUUAUGCAAAAAAAGAUGAACGGUUAGUAAAACCAAAAGGUAGUAGUGUCAGCUGAGGUUUCAGCCUUUUCAUUGGACAUCCAUUGUCCAGUAAAGAGCUUAAAGGAGACACUGAUGGUGGACCUGAGACUGUUGAAAGUGCUUUAACUAGAUUGCUAGGUAAGAUCUGUUUGUUUCAUAGAGUUCUGAAAACAAAGCUGACCAAGAAACAGUCCAUCUGAUGUUAGAAACAACAUUGAAGAGCAUUAAAGUGACAGAUCUCAGACCCAAAAUGUAUAUUUUUGUGGUUUUUACUUUUUUCUCCCUACUUUAAACCCUAAAUAGCUUUCAUGAUAUGUGAUUACAAAAAAGUGCAUGUUGACAGCUGAUCAUUGAAGUUACAGUGACAUUCUGGCUAAUUCCAUUACAAAACAUCUAAUAAAUCCCUUUAACAGUUGCAUUUGGUUUAUUUCACAUUAUUAUUUAACAGUUGUUUAUAGGCUGUGGCUGUCUUGUGUAAUUUGCAGGUCCACACACUUAUUUGUGCUUGAUUUUGAUUUUUAAAAAAAUGCUGUAUUUAGUCCCCAGAGAUUUAAGAUGAGCUUUAAAAUAAACAGUUUUUCUGGAUGUAGAAUAUUGGAAAACGAAACCGGUGGACUGAGGAGUCUUCAGCUGAAUGAGUACAUAAACUCAUGCUAACACAGAGUCUCUUGAAAGAGAGAUUUGUCCAAUUUUAAAUGGCAAAGUCUCAGGAAAUCUGCAACAUUACUAAAAUACGUACACAAUCAUUCUCUGUAGUGAUUAUUUUGAUCAGUUAUUCUGUGAUUUUAUAUUUAAUAUUGUUUGUGUCUUUCUCCCACCCUCUUCCUCUCUCUUUCUUCCAUGCUCCUCCCUCUGUCUGUCUCUCCAUCCAGGUGUUAGAUCAAGAAGCCUGUUUUGCCCAAGCUUUAGCAGUUUGUCAGCUGGCCAGAGUCCCCUCUCCCUGUUUAACACCAUGCCGGUCACUGCACUUGAACACACAGGUAAGACACCCUGCAGACAAACAUUUACGACUAAAAUGAUACAGACUUGAAACAAACAGAUGCAGAGCUUUUCUUGUAACUUGGCAGCAGUUUUUUUUUUUCACAUACCAGAACAAGACAAGAGAAGGGGAAAACUAAAUGACAAGGAAUCACAGUCAUAAUAUUACAAAUGAAUUAAAUUUGCAUACUUGCAUAACCCGUUGUAUCCUGUUGUCUCCAGUUAACCAGUUUAAUUGGCAGUCUACCAACCAAGAGAUGAUUAGUGAUUGAUUUCCCACUGUUGGUAUGUUUCCAUGCACAGUUAAGUCAAGCUUGCCAUAGCUAGAUUUGACGAUUUAACUUGACUUCUGUCAGUGUCUCAUCAUACAAGUUCAAGACUUCAAUCAGACUACCUCAAUAAAUGGAUUAUUUUGGACAGCAUGUUCAUGUACUGUGUGUGUUUCUCAUACUUUGAAACCAAAUCAAAGGUGUCCAGCAUAAAGUAAAAUGUUUAAUUUCAUAUUGUGCUCUGAUCUGUACAAGUCUGAUGAAAAAAGGACUCGUGUUUGGAGCUGCUCCACUUGUUGCCCUACAAGGGCUGAGAAACAAAAGGGCCUGAGGCUUCUCAAUGCUGCUUAAGUAGGAGGCAAUAAGGUUUGACAGAUCCUGAGGUGAACUGAAUGCUUUCCCCCCCGAGUAUGGAGGCCUGACAGGUCAGACAGGUCAAACCCCUUUACAGUAUAAUGGUAAAUAGAGCAAAGCUAACUUUAGUAUUUGUGUACAUUAGCGGUUCUGCUCAGUUUCAAGUCACUACAUGAACUUGAGUAUCUUUGCUAAUAUUGAGAAAACAAUGCAGUUUUCUAACAUAGUAAAAUCUCACGCACAAAUUUAAAAAUAUGGCAUAUGGAGCCAUAGCCAUUACUGACAGCCUUCCAUGUGGUUCAAUGUAGCCUGUGUCAAACCUGUGUCUCUACCUUAGUGGCCCUGGUACAUGCCACAAACUCUUUUACAACGUUGUCAUCCUCUGAAGUCUUCUUUUGUCACCCAGAAUGUUUCUGACAUGAUAAGAUCCUUAAAUUCCUGGUGUUGAGACAGGGGAAAACUAAAAAGUAAAAAUUCCACUCAGGGUGAAAAUAAUAGUUGUUAGCAUCAGGUACUUCUUUAUUUUAAGGCCCACCAGUCCACUCACAGAGAUGCCUGGACAUGUUCUUGCCGUGUCAGUGGGCAUUGCGCCAAGAGUGUCAUCCCAGAGAGACCGGCGGCUAAUUUAAAAGCUGUGAAAUGUUUAGGUCAGUUUGUUUUUCUGUGAUGCACUCAAGUGUAUCUGACAGGACAUGAUUGUGCUCGGACGGGAAAAUGCUGACACAUAUUCAAUUCUGUUAAAAUAAGAAAUGUGCCUAAACUCUUCAUGAAUGACUGGAAAUCAGCACGAGGUUCACUUCUUCAUGUAACGGCUAAAACACACAGGAUACGGAACGGCUGCGCUCCCACUGGAACAGCAGCCUGAUAAAAUACACAAGCAUUAUAAUCAAUGUGCGUGAUUCCACACAAUAUGGCCGCCAUCAGGCUCUGCUGCAGAUCGGCUCCGGCCAUAAGAUUAGAUACGCAAGGCUUCUAUUUUUCCCGGACGUCGCAGCACAGCGCAUCAGUUGAGUGCAGCGCAGCACGAGCAGCAGAGGAGGUUUUAUGCAGCUACAGAGUAAAAUAGCCUGUUAAUUUUCAAAAUAAAAUAAAGUCAAUAGGUUUAACUGUUCUUCACGUGAUAACGGGAGGCGCCAGGAUUGUGGGAUGUGCUUGUCUCAUUCAGUGUCUCACAUCGUAACAUGCAAAAUCUUGUCCAGUCUUGUUCAGUCGUAAGAAAUAUCGGUAAUAUCACAAGCGCUUCUUCUCGGAUCUAGUAGGCAAUGUAUGCUUGCAUUUUUGAUCCACCUGCCGUUCCUGAGUGGAGCGGAUCUGCAUGCGUUGGAAUCCCGGCAUAAGGCCAAACAGUAGAGGUGAUGGAUGGGCACUAAGCUUGGCGGGAGAGACAUACCCUCGCUGUCCUAGAGCAAAUAACUUAUUGUUUCAUGACUUUGACCAGGAUUUAAAUGUUGUUUUUUUUAAUAAUGGAAAUCUGUCAUUUUUCUAAGCUUUACACAGAUUUUAAAUCACUGAUGCCCAACAGAUUUGUCUACAUUGGUGUCCCUCUCAUGAGACUCACUGUGACUGGAGUCAAAAAUCAACAAGACCAGAAAGUAUUUCUGCUCUGGUCCUUGUAGUGUUGUAAAAAGUUUGAACCCCUGACACAGACACAGGCAUAGCAGCCCAGUGUAUAUGCUGUAAUCCACUGCUGUUUUUAGCAAUUAGCAUCAUCAUCAGUAUAGAAAAUACGUAAUGGAGAAAAAUCUGCAGGAGAAGUUACUGAAGUCGUUUCUGAGCCAAACUUCAGUGAGCACUAAUGAAGGGUAACUGGGGUCAUAGUGGCUGUAAUAAAACUGUCAAAGCAUGAAGACAACAUGCAGCUCAGAAUAGGUCAGUGUAUUCAUUUACUCAACAGCUGCACUGGUCAGCAAAGGCCAUGCUCUCCAGGUGUGUGUUGUCAUACUGAAACUGUGUGUGCUGUUGGUUUAACAAGAGUUACACAGUCUGAGUACAGAGAGUAUUAACUCUGUUUUAGGAAUGGUCUCUUUUCAGGACGGGUCACGUCUGUCAACACUAAUCUCACUCCUUUUUCGCUCUUGUCUCCUCUAUCCACUCUUUGUCGAUGCUCUUCAUCUCUCACUUCUUCUUUCCAUUACUCCAUCUUUCUCUGAUUUUUCUUCUCUCUUGUUUCUUCUUCCACCUCGGCGUCCUCUCACCAUUCUUUUCGUUUUCUCACCCAUCAGCUCCGCAACGUGAAGGAGACGCCCCAGCACACAGAGGAAGAAGUCGGGGCCUUCACCAAGCUCAUUGAGGCCAUGGGCUUCACUGGUCCUCUCAAAUACAACAAAUGGGUGAGUGGUGGCAUUAAGUGGGAAGUUACAGGAGGAUAGAGAGGUAAAUCAGUGCCCUCUUCUCCAGGACCUGUGUUCACAAUCACUCUAAGAGACCACUCAGGGAGCUCCUGACUUUGAACAAGGAGAGGAAAGAGCUGUUUAUCUCAGUGAGGAGACACGGUUGACCCUGCUGCAAGGUCUUUCAAAAGCUGUGAUUGGUUGAUUCACAAAAAGAGAAACCAUUCAUUGCACAGGUCUACUGUAUCUGAGCAGGCUGAUGUUUUCACCGGAUGUGAUCGGCAUGUAAGACAUGUGUGAUCUGCCCUCUCUCUAAAGCCUCUCUGUACAUAAUCAGAGACAGAGAUGUCAGUUUUUCUGUCUCCUUAAAUUCACUGGCUGCAGCCUGAUGUCUCAUUAUAUUUCAGGACCAUUAAAUGUCAUUGUUUUAAUCCUGUUGAGCAGAAUUUUGCUUUCAAUGUUACUUUGCGCUUCUUUGUACACAUGGCUCACCAGAUUUAAGAGAGGUUGUGAAUUCAACUGUUUUUAGACAAGCUAAAUAUCUUUCAUUUACUCUUUUGGGUAGUGUUGUAUUUCUCCUGUUUCACUGCCUUUCCUCUCUUUCCUCCUCAGCUUUAGAUACUUAUAAGUCUCUUAAAAGUCCUCCUCCUCACUCCUCUCUUCAAGGCUUCAGUAGUUUGUGAAUAACUUUUAUCUUUACAAAGAUCUAGUCUUAACUUUUAGGGGAAAAUUUAGUAGAAAAUGUCCUGAUUUUGAAGAGUUUCAUGAGACUGUUUUUCUCUGGGAUUAACUCUUCAAACUGGGAGGCUUUGUGAAAUCAGCCACAGGAACAUCAGCCAGCAGGAGCUGUCGGUUACUGUGUGCCAUGUAUUAAUGAUUUCCUUUCAAGCUCCUCACCUUUGGGCAGUCACUGCUGUCUUUCUUAUCUUUGUUAAAUGACUGAAGUGAAAGCUGCUGACAGGUGUCCGCUGGCCACUACGCUUCUUUAUUCUUACCUUUCAGAAACUAAUGCUGCCAUUUAGGAUGAUGUUUCUGUAAGUGCACUGUCUUAACUGGAAGUAUUAAAGGGGAGGUAUUUUGCUCUCCCUCACAUCAUCUGUGCUUCACAUCAGGGUUGAGUGGUAUAAACAAAAUCUUAUAUCAUGGUAUGAGUAAUUUCAUAUCAUGGUAACGGUUCAUACAGUACAGGCCAAAAGUUUGGACACACCUUCUCAUUCAAUGUCUUUCUUUAUUUUUUUAUAUGAAUAUUUACAUUGUAGAUUAUCACUGAAGGCAUUAAAACUAUGAAUGAACACAUGUAGAAUUUUGUACUUUAAAAAAAAGUGUGAAAUAAGCGAAAACAUGUUUUAUAAUCUAGUUUCUUUAAAAUAGCCACCCUUUGGUCUUGAUGACAGAAGUACCUUGUCAGGGUUACUUCAGGCCCACCUGUGAAGUAAAAACCAUUUCAGGUGACUACCUCAUGAAGCUCAUUGAGAGGACAGCUAAAGUUUGCAGCGCUAUCAAAAAAGCAAAGAGUGGCUACUUUGAGAAAUCUAAAAUAUAAAACAUGUUUUCAGUUAUUUCACACUUUUUUCUUAAGCACAUGAUUCCACAUGUGUUCAUUCAUAGUUUUGAGAAUCUUCAAUUUAAAUAGUAAUGAAAACAAAGAAAAUGCAUUGAAUGAGAAGGUGUGUCCAAACUUUUGGCCUGUACUGUACAUCACGGGGUGUUUUUCCCCCAUGUAAAUUCAAUUAAUGGCUUAAACAUAACCAAACUGUCGCAUUUGUUCAUUUUCCUUUUAUUUUUUAACUCAGAUUUCUAUACAAAUGCAAACAACUCCAUCAAUGCGAUUUUUUUAUCAUAUGGUGUGUCUUUGGUGGAAGACUCUGCCAAGCUCUUUUGUAUAAGAGGAGCUGCUGCAGCUUUAGUUUUUGGUGCAGCGGAUGCGCCAGGCAUCUUUUGGCUCUCAUAAUAGAGCUUGGUGUGUUUCAUCUUUAGAUGGUGGAAGAGGUUGCUAUUUAGCCAAUAUCCCAUUAUCAAUGCAUUAGCUCAUCAGUUGUGAAUAUCAUAAUUAUAUUACACCCAUAAUUUUAUCCUCAGAUAGUCUGUCCCCUUUUUCCACAAAGAACGCCAAAAUAGACAUAAAGCGAAAGGUCUUGACCGAAGCUUUAAUAUGUCAUUUUUAUACACUGACUUUGACUCAUGACUUGGCCCAGUUUUCAAAGAUCCGAGUCUGUUCACUGAUUGAAGGUACAGCUUGAGGGUAACAGGCUUUCUGUUCCCUGAAAGAUGAGUGUGUUUUUCUCUCUGAGCAAAGCCGGUUAGCAGAAUCAAAACAGGAUGACAAGUGUGUGACGAAGAAGAUGAGAGAAAAAGUUACAUCAUGGAGAACUAGGGCGGAUUAUCUGACAUAAUGGCCCUCUGAAGAUAUUCUUUACAACGUUGUUUUCUCUGUCCUGUAUGUAACUUUAGGAAGCACAUACACGUGUAUUUUAUUGACUUGAAGUUAAAUAGGUUACUUUGUACCUAAGGCUAAAGUCACCUGUUCGUUGUCAGUUGUUGUUAGUGUAAUGUGAACAUGUUAAACAUAAUUACAGCAACACUUCUACUGCUGAUUAAUCUGUUAGUUGAGUGAAAGCAUGUCAACAGCCUGAAGGAACAUAAAAAGAAAGCAAACAAAUCUUCUUGACCUUGAUACCUGCUCUUCUUUAAGUAGUGUAUUGUGUUUUUAUUUAUAUAAAUUAACCCAGUUAUUAUAGUCUUUAAUCGGAUUCCCAACAACAAAUGCCCAGUCCCACUUAACUCCCUGCAGACAGGCAGAUAAGCUAAUUCAGUGUUUGUCUGUGAACAGAGAGCUGCUGCUGCUCAGUAUUUAGAGGACGGUUAUAUGACCCGAGUUUGUGUGUGUGUGUGUGUGUGGCGGUCAGAGGAGGACAGAGGAGUUCUGACCUCCCAGCAGGGGUUUUAAAAUAUGAGCUGUCAGUGAGUGAUAUUCCUCCAAGAGGGAGAACAGACGUGAGCCUGAACUAUAACUCUCACUGCUGUUAUACAAGGUAUAUGUGUAUGAAUAAAAGGCGGUCAAUUUUUUCAACAAGUUCACAUCAUGCAGCAUGUUGCCAUGGUGCUCUCAGAUGCUGACAGUCGCUUUGAUCGGGUACUAUCAGGCAAAAAAGGUCUUAAGCUCUGCUUUCACUAUGCGACUGUGCAUUCAGUCAACCAAUCUUUCUGAUAUGCCACACAUUCACCUGACCCAGUCGCCUCUGUCGGCUGUCCAGUACAGGACAGAGGACACGCAACCAUGCUAAAAUGUGUCUUAACUUCAAAUUGAGACGCUCACAGUGACCCAAAGAUCACAAACCGUCCACAUAAAAGAUCAGUUUGGAUCCUUAAUUUGCAGGGUAUGUUAUACUGGAUGUGUCAAGGUGGUUUACUCCUCAAACACAGACAAUUAUCUCUACACUUGUGCUACACAGCUGUAGGAAUAUUAGUUGUAGUUAAAAUGUGUUCUUGUUUAUGUAAAGCCAAAAAGGCCAAAAGAUUUGAACAAAUCGUUUAUUUGAAAUAGUGCUGCAGAAAUUAGGGGUUGUCUUAGUCCAUGAGACUGACAACUGAUAGUUGGACCGGAUAUGCACUGACAGGAAAAUUUUAAAACUUUGUUGUGUUGAAAUGUAAAACUCAGAAUGUUACAAACUCCAUCACUGAACUUUUCUGAAAUGCCUUUACAAAAUGUUGAAUCAAAACUGAAACAUUCAACCUCAUAUUAAGGAGUUAACAGUUCACCUGUAACAGACUGGUGAUCAGAUGGUGUUAUGGGGCAGGUGCAAGAAAACAGACCCAGUAGAAAAGACAGAUUUUAUUUUUUUAUUUCAUUGGCAAAAAUAAAAUAAAAGGCCAAUAAAAAUAAUCAGCCGUUUGCCAAAUAUUAGCCUAGACAGUCGGCUGUGUCUGAUAAUUGGUCUUACCCUUUUACCAAAUAUUUGUUAACGUGUUUGUUUGAUACAGAUCAGAGCAAAUGACCUAUUAACUUCUUGUUUUACCCCAGUAUAAAAUAUCAAAGUUUGAUAUAUUGCACUGCUGCCUUUUCCUGUCAGUCAUAGCCAAACAUCAUCUGUCAUAUCGUCAGGGAUGUAAUGUGGUUGGUGUAGAGUUUUUUUUGUUUGUUUUAAUCAUUUUGCAUUAUCUGCUGGCUUCACAGUCGUACGACCCUGACACAGUGAACUAUUAAAAUCCAGGAUGAAGGCAAAGACUUUGGCGGGUCUUUGAUGAUAAUGGAGAACAUUAUUCUGAUGGAAAAACAUGUUCUUUGUGCUGCAUCAUUUACUACAUUUUUACAGUGUGUUGAUGGCUAACAAGUCCAUAAAUCAAUAAAGAUAUUUGGAUGCCUGUUAGACUGUGAGCAGGACGGUUCAUCUGCAGAAAGCCAAACUCUGAAUCAGGUCAUAAAAAGGCAGUUAAUAUUGUUCGGGGUUGUGACUGUUAUUUGCAUCACACACCCUUGCAGUGAGUGUGUUUUCCAAGAAUUCACACACCAGUGAAGCAUCAACAUUUACAGCUGCAGAGAGGUUAGGAUAUGUUGACGGUUUUCAGAGAGGUGGUGGUGUGUGUGCACAGGAAUGUGUGUCCUUGUGUCUUGCCGUGUUUGGCGACAUGCUGGCCCGGCAGAGUUUGGCAGCAGAGCUCACACGUCUCUGAACUCAUGUCCUGUUUGCUCAGAGGCUGUGUUGACGUCUGUAGUUUUGAUUUCUUUCAUGGAGUUGUUGCAGUCAAAUUUGCGUAGCCUGUUUGUGUCAGCCUGCCAACACCACACUUAUUGGCAGUAAUUAAAGCUGCAUUUUAUCCUCUGAAUCCCAAAUCACAUACUCUCAUAGGGUUUAGAGGCUUCAGGUGCAAAAAAUAUGCCGGUUGAAAUCAGUAAUCGAAUCUUCAUCUUAUCAGGACAAGCUUUUCCAUUUAAAUCUGGCACCCUAACUAAAGACAGUUUUUUUUUUCUAUCCCAGAUCCACUUGUUUUGUAAAUUCUAACACUUUUCAUCCUAAAACAAAUAAAGUCUAUUUGUUGCCAUGUGUGUAUAUGUAUGAUUAUGUAACUGAAUUUGUUCCCUUUUCAUGUGUUGACAGAAAAUCAAGAUCGCUGCCUUGCGGAUGUACACAUGCUGUGUAGAGAGAAUCAAUUAUGACGAUUUCUUUGAAAGUAAGUGCAGAGCUGCUCCACUGCUGCAAAGGCUAACACACCUCACUAUAAAUCUGCCAAACACUUGGCAUAUGAAAAGCAAAUUGUAUGACUUGCAGAAAUUAUUUUAACGUGGAAAGAAGAAGAAUCAUCCACGGUUAACUUUACCGACAGGCCUUAAAUUUGGAGACAUGUUUUAAUUCUUUAAAUAUUCCGGGGAAAGCUCAGCUUAUGGUUACCAGUUGCUGUUUCUAUAAACCCACCUUUCACAAUGCCUCUUUACAUUCAUUGAGUUAAAUGCAUUUCUUAGAAGUAAUUACAAGGAUCAAUAGCAGCAUAGAGCAGCGUUUAUGAAGCGUUACAUGCAGUGAACACACUGCCCCAUAGGGAUAAGAUUUAGAUCGCUUUGUACCCAGAUAUUACAAUGCUGCCAUAUGCUUAUUUUCAGCAUGAUAUCAAUAUUUCAUAUUAUGAUAACGACAAUUACCAUGAAUACCAGUGUGUAUUGUGACAGCCCAAAUUUAUCAUGUUCAGAAAAAUGUGUUGUUUUAAUAAGUUCAGAUUUGCCUUUGGAUAUGGUUAAAGCUCUAUGACAAACAUACAAAGUUAUUGGGAAGUUAAAAACUUUCUUUAUCCAGUCAUCACCACAAAUUCUGUAAUAUCAUCUUUCAUAUUUUUCUUUUAAUUCUUUAUCUCACUUAAAAUACUUAGUCAUGUUAUUGCAGGUUAUAAGUAUUAAUCACAAGUAUUUCCAUUUGAGAAUAAUAGAAAUGAAAACUUGCUAACACUUGAGGACACUGACACUGUUCUCUGAUUUUUGUCCAUAACUCGAUAAAGUUGUAAACUCUGAAUUCAAAGCCACUGUGGUUAGUUUUUCAUUGAGGUAUAAUGCAUUAGAAACCAUUCCUUCAUAAUGUCAGUUGUUAUGAAUGCUUCUAAUCACUGAUAUGAAGGAUUGUUCUAAAGGCUUAGGAAUGCAUUAACGGGUCUUAUAUGAUGUUUUAUAAGAGGUGGGUUUAAAUUGAGGCAAGUUUUUUUUAUUUUUCAUCUUUCUUGGAUCCACUUUGAGAAACAGUUAGUUCAUUGUAGACUGAUAAAAAUAGACAUGAAGCUAUAGAGUGAUCAGUACAUAAAGUCAGAUGUAUACUCAAGCAUAUCUAGUCAUGAAAGGUCUUUUUCACUGGCUAAACAAUCACACUUUUCCUUCCAUAGGGUGUAAGUAAUUUGCUGUCAAAGCUGUUAAACAGUAUUAAUAAAGAGGGCAGCAGAAGGGCAGCUUUUCUGAAGCCAGUAUUUCGCAAUGACCUUUCGCUCGAUGCCAACAAACUCUAUAGGAGCUUGGUAUCAUUCAGUAUCUGUAUUUAUGAGUUUAAAAUUAACUUUGGAAAUCUACUGAAGGCUUCAAAUGUGGAAGAGAAAAUCGUUUUAAUUUUCUGACAGCACACACGAACUUCAGCGCUAGACCUGAUCCAAACACUGGACAUUCAGGCGCUGGUCGUCACACCAGUCCAAAUGGAGUUGAUUGGCGUUGGGGGACACUGUCACCACCUGCCUGACACAUUUAUUUGACACUUUACGGCCUGGCACACUGAGGCUCACUGAGCAGAAAUGCUCAUUAAUAUGACUUGCCCACGCGCACAAAAGCACAAAUCUGAGCCAGCAGCGUUCAAAGCAGUGAUGUGACAAAAAGAGGAAUGAGUUUCCCACAGCAGAGGAAAGGUAGAGUUCUGUUUUUGAAAGCACAACAGUCUAAACCUUAAAUAUGUGCAUUUUGAUGUCAUAUGAUGAGUAAACAUGUACACUGUGUUUGUUUCAGAGUGCUCCCUCCCCGACACACUCAACUCCUGGUUUUUGGUAGCCCAGCUGCACGUAUGGUGAGUUACACACGAACCAAAAAACACAAAAACCUCUAUUAAGUCCUUGCUCUCUGUCAGUUUUUUUAACCCCCUUAUCGCCUUUUAACCCUUCCUUGAUCAGGAUGUGUUUGGUUCGGAUGCGUCAGGAGGGCAGAGCAGGAAAGUACAUGUGCCGUUACAUUGUGCACUCCAUGUGGGAGGAUGUAGAGCAGAGGAGCAAAAUCUUGGGGGUAAGUUUUGUUUGUGUGUGUGUGUGUGUGUGUGUGUGUGUGUCAGUGGGUCUUAAUUUGUCUGUCCCCGCAGAACCUCGUGUUUACUGCCAGGUCAUAAGCCAAUAAGAUCACAGGACUACAUUCCCACCAUGACCACAUACUGUACGUGCAAAUCACUGCAUGUCGAGUUUAAUGCACAGCAUGCCUAUGAUAACAUACAGGGUCAGUACCUCCUAAAUAUAGCACCCUCAGCCCGAUACAGUCUAUGUCUGUAUACAUGUGUGUGUGUGUGUGUGUGCAGUGUCGCAGGAACAGAAGUGACCCUCUUCAUGAGUCCUGCUCCCUGAAGUUGUUUGGUUGCCUUGACUGUUGCUCUUCCAAGUUUGUUGAAAGUGAGAAAACAACACAGGUUCUGUUCAGCUGGGUGAAGUCAGGUAUAUUACAUGUUUUGUCUCUGCAGCGUCUUAAAGCUGACUGUAAGGACUACAGGAUGCAGUUGGUGUAAGGCAGUGUGUUCCUGGAUAACCAGGAUCAGAUAUCAAAGCAGAGAAUUUUUUUUUAAACCUUCAGCUGCUCCUUGUUGACGCUUUGUCAACUGCUUGAGACAUGAGAAUAGAAAUGGUGUUUAGGUUCAACAUCUUUGUUUGCCAACAUAUGCAGAUAUGCCUCAAAGUUCACUAAAAAGCAAAAUUAUAGUUAGAUGAUGGGUUCCUGUGGUUGAUUUAGGCCUUUUUUUUUUUGUUAUGCUCUUCACGUGUGUUACAUGAAGCUGCUCAAAUAAAAUAAUGGAAACCAAACUGGAACUUUUUAUACCAGAACUGUUUACAAUCCUGUUGAGAUGAGAAACAGAACAAAACUAACUUAAAUUUUUAGAGCAUUAGAGUGAAAUAAAAAGCUUUUUUAAGAUACCUGUUAAAAAAUUAAAGAUCAUCUUUUUUUUUUUUUUAGCCACAUUUACAUUCUUGAACAUUUGGUUAAAACUGGACAACCCAAAGACAUGACUAAUGUUUCUCACCUGUUUUAAAAGUGUAAAUCAGGGUUAAAAAAAACUUUAGAUAGUUAGCUCAUAUCACCCAGCCCUGGGUUGUAGUAUCAAAUAGGGCUGGGCGAUAUGGCCUCAAAUCAAUAUCACAAUAUAAUGAGCAGGUCACCUCGAUAACGAUAAAUGGACGAUAACUACUCCAGAAGCUGCUCAUCCCCUUCCAAAUUACAACUUUUGAACCAUCCCCCAUUUUCUUACCUGUCUGGAUGGGGUGGAGUCACGUCUCCAAUGUAGGACAGCGCCUUUAAGGGACAUGAGACCAUAGCCUACCUACAUUCACUCAAAACCAAGUACUUUUUUUUUUUUUACACCAAAUAUAUUGGCAUGGGCAAAAUACUCAAUUUCGGUAUCAUUAAAUUUGUGGUUAAUCGCCCAGCCCUAGUAUCAAUGAAGUCAGCCGUUGGUAUCGGAAGUGGUUUGAUGAAGCUGCACAAAGACCCAUCGUGGUCAUUUCUGCUGCCAAAACCUGCAUUAUAACAGUAGUGGUGGCAGCACUCAAAAGGACACUUGCAGUUUUUGCACUUGGUUUCUGAUUGAUGUAGGAAAUGCAACAAAGUAUGUGUUGUGUAUCCUUGCGCUUAUGGCCAAUUCUAACUGAGAUCACAAUCAGUAAUUAAUUUUAGUGAGGACUAUCCCAUUUUUUUUGGCAUUUUUGCACACACAGGCCUCUCAAACCUGGCUGAACAUGACCCAGCAGUGAUCCUUUGUUGAGAUUUGCUCAAGAAGAGAAAACUUGAAGAGCUCUGAACACAUGAACACCAGCAGCACAGAUUUCUCCUGAGAAAAGCAGCCUCUAGAUAGGUGCUUUCCCAGCAGUAACUUAAAGCCAGUUUGUUAAAUAAAUAUUCAUAAUUUCAGAAACAUUUCCGCUUUGGACUGAUGCAACAGUGCAUUAAGUUUUAUCCGUGACAUGGCAUGCUACAUAGGAUGCAGGUUGUGUUUAUUUAAAGUUUGACAUCAGCAUAAUUGUGCCAACAGCUCUCAGUCGGGGAGUUUUGCUAAAUCCCCGGAGAGCGAGGCUGGCUGUGGUCGCCGUGUCCACAAAGCUGUUCCUCUAUUCUUUCUCAGCAGAGCAGCUCCAGGGAGUGUUGUUCAUUGGCAUCGCAGACUCAAACUUUGGCUCUGCUCACAUGUAACCCUCAGAAAGACUUUCUCUUACGCAAAUUAAACUGGAAUCAGCUCAAAGUUCAGAGUUAAUCACACUAGCUACUUGUGUGUUGGUAAUAUUUGACUGUGACUUCAAAGUGGCUUUACUCCAGUGACUGUGAAUGAAAUACAAACAAAAAAAGGACGUAGCUGACCAGAGUUAGGUACUUUGAUUGUUAAUAGCGGCUUAUUCAGAGAAAUGAACUUGAUAUCACAGUAAUGAGCUUCAGAGUCAGACACUUUUAAAAAAUAAGCAGGAGUGAAAUUGAUUUUGAUAUAACAUCCAGUCAUAUCUUAUGACCUUAUGACUGUAUCAGUAUAAUUAGUCCUUAACUAUUACAUAUAGGGAUGGGAAUCGAGUACCAGUUCUUGUUGAGAACCGAUUCCAAAUGUUUCAAUCCAUCGACAACAUUUAUAUUUCAUCUUAACGAUUCCCUUAAUGAUUCCUUUCAUCCGGGUGCCUUGAAAAACGGUCUUGCGAGUGCCAGUCUACGCGAACGGGAACAGAGACAGAGGAAAAAAACAUGGCGGACGGUACAAAAAGUAGGCAGAAAUGAUCUAAAGCGUGGCUUAAUUUUACGAAGAAAGACGACAACAGUGCAACGUUUGUUGAGCAGUAAUAACAUGCAAAGGUGGAAACACCAGCAACAUGCUUAAACAUUUGUCAACAGGGCACGGCAUCAAAUAUAAGGAGUCACAUAUAUUCGAUGCUCUCCGCCAGUUGUCAGCUGCUGCUCCAUCUCAGCACGGCAAGGUACGUAUGUCAGGGUUACCAUACGUCCUCUGUUGCCGAGACAUGUCCUUUUUUGGGGGGCUGUCCGGGGGAAGUUUAUAAAAUCCUUCAAAUGUCGGGAACGUGUAUUCAUUCAUUAUUAAACAGUGCAGCGCAUCAGUGCUCUCUGCAGCUCUGCCCCUCCGCUCACUUCUAAGCAAAGCCGGUGACACGACACACGCAUGCACUGUCUUUGGGAAUUCAGAAUAUGCGUUUAACUGAGUUAGAAGCACAUAAAAAACACUCAAAAAAACCUCAAAAUUUCACACACAAGUCUGCCCAGCGUAGUAGUGUCCUCUAUUUGGGGAUUCACGAUAUGGUCACCCUAACGUACGUCCUGUUUAGACAUAAGCACAAUGCAUGGCCAGAUAUGCUGUACAAAUAGCAUUUUUGUUUGAUUAUUUUUAGACUCUCCCUGAAGGUGGUAUACAUCUUUUUCUGUUAUCAGAGACUCUUAAAAAUUUGAGUCUACCUUUUUUUUUUUUUUUUAAAUCAAAGAAAGGCAUUGAUAAGGGAAUCGUUAAGGAAUUGAAUCAAAUGGAAUGGCAUCAAUAUUGAUAAAAAUCUUAUCAAUUCCCAUCCCUAAUUACAUAGAUUCAAGUCGAGAGUAAGAGGUGUCAUUAAGAUUUCAACCACUUUGAUUUUCUGCUGUCAGACUCAUGACUUGUGACUGGCCACGUCUGAGAUCAGGAGGAAUAAGGACUCCUACUUAAUCUGUAGUCAUCAGUUAUAAUGAUGAAACUGUAACUGUAGUUUGAGGUGAGUCAGACACUUUAGUCUCAGGUUAGGAUUUCUCCCUGUCUGUAUGGGAAAAGCACUUUAAUCCAAGUCACUCAGUGCGCUCUUAAUAAAUAAGCUCAGUAGCAGCUGGUUAAAAAAUAAAAGGUUGUCUCUGACUAAUUCAUGAUGUUAACCGAGUAGGAUGGUUGAACCACGGCCAGGGUUCAGAGGGCCGUUCAUAUAUGAGGUCUUUAGUUUUGCUCACUUUGUUUUGUGUGACAGAAAGAGGUCAGAGAUGAGGAAUUACAGAGUGGUUUGUGAGGUCACUCCUGGUGUGUGUGUGUGUGUGUGUGUGUCUGCAUGAAUUGGUUGCAGUGCAAGGGGGUACAUGUGUGGGGGUGUACGUGCAGUGGGUGUUUUUACAGCUGCACAUGUGAACUUUUGUCAGCAUGUGUACUUGCGUUUAUCCCUGUGUGCUGGCACAAGUUUUCACAUGUGAGUGCAAAUUAAAAAAACUUCAUCAUUGUGACCCCCAACAAAAAAAAAAGUCACAAUUCAGUGUGAAAUUUAAUCCAAACACCAGGCUGCAGCUCAUGGUAACCAUUUUUCAAACUGCAAAAUACAAUUAAUAUCAUUGAUCACCUUCAACAACCAGUAGAAAGAUACGACAAAGAUAUAGAUAUUUUCCCAAAACAUUAAAAUUAUGGAAAAAGUGCAGAGGUAUAAAAAAGGAAAAAAGUUAUUAAGAGGGAGGAAAAGGAGAGUAAUUAGAUCAGAAAAGGAGCCUCAGUCGUGACCUUUCUUAAAGGACAAGUGACUCAGCAAAGAGAUGAACACUGACCUUCUUUGUGAGGAGACUGGAUGCUUUUUUUGUGUCUACAUGAGUGUGAUGUGAGUUUCACAGCCGGUGUUCUUGUACUUAAGAGGCUGAAACAUAAAGAUCAGGUAACUGUUUGUUUCAUGUUUGAAUUAAAGGCAAUAUCUUUAUGUCAGAAGCCAGUAGAAGUGUUAUACACAAUGCUGUGAAAUUAGCUUCACAGCAGCACAUCUAUUUUUUUCCAACACACACAAGCAGGAGCAUUGAUUGGAGCUAGUCUUGGGUUUCAUGCUAAUUAUCGUAAGAAGCAGUAAAAACAUCGGUCAUUUUCCCCGUGUUCAUAAUUACUGCGACAACCAGCUGAAACCAGCCAAAACUUCACCACAGCAACAAUUUCCUUUGUCGAACCACAUGAGCUAUCACCACAUCUCACAGAGGAUUCACUAAAUCCUGCUUUUCUGCAGCGUUAGGUGGUUGAAUUUCCCCCCACAGCUCAGGUUUCUUUACAAUAACGCAGGGACUGAUCGCAAAGGUUAAAGCUGUAGUGGGGAACUUUUGGUCUGUGUCAGUUUUGAGAUGCAAGUCUUUUAACUUUGCUGAUCUUUCCUGUAAGUGUCAAAAUAGUGUUUUAUGACAAACAAAAAAAUUAGCUUUUUUGUCCCUUUCAAACGUUACUCACCAAUAAGUGCGUCCAAACAAAUAAACGUGAACAGAGAAAUAUGUGUAGGGUAAGUUGUGGUGUUGAUUUAUACAAUUCUAUACAUAUAAUUAGGGUUACCAAGACAAAAUUGGACAAUGAAGAAAACAAAAGAAACAAACAAAUAAAAAUAAAAAAUCAGGGGGGUAGAGAGGUAGGGGAGAAAGCAUAACAAAGGACAAAAAAAAGAUAAAUCUUUUGUGAACAAUGAAAUGUGCCACACUUGAUGAAUCUGCCAUGAAAAAGGUCAGGUAAGGAUAUUAAUUCUAGUUCCUGAUCCUGAUCUCAAAAACUGACUUCCCACCACAAGAUUCAGAGGUACAAAUUAAAUUCAAAGUGUUGUGUCUUCCAGAGGAUGGAUAUUUACAGCUUGCAGAUUCUCUACUUUUAGCUGUGCUACCAAUAAGAGUUCAGCAUUUUUUUGUAUUGUCAUAUAUCUCACCCAACGUAGAUGUAUUUCGAUAAAACAUGGUCUAGACAAUUCAUGUAUUGUUCCAACCUUGGCGAUUCCAGUCAGCCCCCUCUGCACUCUUUGUCGGUGGUCAUGAGCUUAAAAUGGAAAACUAUGUAUGCAAAAGGUAGAUGUAGGGCUGGGCGAUAAACCAAAAGUUUACCAAUACCGAAAUUUCAGCAGUAACCAACGUCAUUUUGCCCGUGUCCAAAAAAGUGUCCAGGUGUCAAAAAAAUAAAUAAACAAAAGUUGGUUUUGGAUGUGUGUAGGCUAUGGUCUCAUGUCCCUUGCUGUCUCGCUGUCCUACGUUAGAAAUGUGACUCCAACCCAUCCAGUCAGUAACAAAGAGGGAAAGACAGGUGAGGAGAUGGAGGACGGUUCAAAAGUUGGAGCGGCUGGAGUAGACGAAGUUAAUGUGGGAGGGGGUGAGCAGCUUGUGGAGUAUUUAUCGUCCAUUUAUCGUGAUGGAGGUGACCUGCUCAAUGUACCAUGAUAUUAAUUUGAGGCCAUAUCACCCAGCCCUAGGUAGAUGUGAACAUUGUUAACAUUGAUCCUGUUUUACAUCUUGAUUAUGUAUUGUUACAGUCCUGCAGGGACGACAUGUUUUUAAAAGGAUACAUACUGAAAUUUUCUUCAUCCAGGUUCACUUAACAAAAAGUCAGUGAUAUUUUGAUUGGAUUUGGAUUCUGGCUCUGUGGGAAAGAAAACCAACAGUACAGAAACGAUGUAAAAAUUCUACUGUCAUAGAUUAAGAGCUUGUCAGCUUGUAUAUGUUCUGCCUUCAGCUUUUAAAUGUCCUCAUACAACCUGUUUCCUCACCGAGCCUGUUAGUUACAAAUUGCUGUUAUUUUAAGACGUGCUAAUUAUUCAGAACUGCUGUCGUAUGAUGCAAUUUGAUUUGGUACAGCAAAGCAGGAAAAUCUCCUCCCUAGUUUGUGUCAAAGACUUAGAGUUGGAAUCAGACUCAAAGAUAUGGGCAGCAGGACAACUACAGCUACUUUUAAGGUUUGUAACUGAAUCCUGCAGCUUGAAGGAGUGCGGGACGUUGGCACGCCGAUGUUUGCAUUAAGUACAGCUUCAUGGAGCUGCACUGACUACACACUGAUCACACUUCAAUGUGAAUGAUCAAACACUGCAUUGAAACCAUUGAUUGUCUUCUGUCUGUGUUCCAGAUUGAUGCCAUCCAUAGGAAGGAAGCAACGAAGGCAAUGACGGAGACCUUCUACGCUGCUAUAUUUGGAUAUGAUGAGGUGAGAGACACUGUGAAAUAGUCGUAUAGAGGCAUCAUCAGGAGUUACUCUGUGAAUGAAAACUGUCUCUUGACCAAAAGGUAGAGACAUAAAACUUGAUAAGAGUUGUAGUUAUUUUAUACAAGUAUUGCAGUCAGCCUGAUACACAGUGAUUCAGUCUGAUAACCAAAAUCUGCUUCAUUUGUAAAAAAUGCUGAAAGUUCACGUCUGUGUCGCAGGGAAUCCUGUCUGAUGACUGUGUGCUGGCAGCAGCUCUGUGGAGAAAUCUGUUUAACCGCGAGUGUGAAGACCCCAAACAGCUGGAGCUCAUGGUGGAAUAUGUGCGCAAACAGGUCGGUGUGAUUGCUCAUUUAUUAUCUUUGUGCAUAUCUGUGGUCUUUUAGAUUUCAAAAGCUUUAUUACAACCAUGUAGUCUUUGCAAAAAUCCUACAGUUUUACUUUUCUACUUUCGCUACAUCACACAUCAAUUACAUCCUCUGCCGCUAUUCUUUCUCUUGAAAUGGAUUUAAAAUUUAAAAAACACUAAAUAAGCAGCAUUUUAAACUUUGUUUCAGAGCCCCAAGAAAAUACUUCCCAAGAAAUACUGCUCUGUUAUUGAAUAAAUACUACAACAAAAUAUUGUAACAUUAGUAAUGUGGUUGUAUCAUCAAUAUCAUGAAACCUCUAACGUCUGGAUAUUGUCGUGGAUCAGUGUUGAUGUGAAGUGAUAAACCCCCCCUCGCAAAAGGUCUUGUUUUGUUUCAGCCCCAGCGAAUCAGAACGGAGCAAAAAAUGAACUACAAAGACCAGUGUCCCAUGUGCCCCAUCAUCCUUUGUGCUCUGUUUCCCUCAGAAAAAAAGAGAACUUUAGUUGUGUUGAGAAACUUUAAUAAGUUCAAAUGAAUGACUUUUUAUGAUACACACAAAAAAAACACAAUCAGCCACUGGAGUGACAAUUUUUGUGUCAUUUCUAAUGUUGAAACCAGUGCAAGUGUCAGGUUUUAGCCCAGCAGCUGAGGAAACAGACGUUAUUACAAUUCCCACAUAAAUAUUCACCAUAAAUGACACACUUGACCUUUAAAAGACUGCAGAAUGAGAUUUUGUACAUCCAAAAAAUGGCACACUCCAGAAGUUCCUCAUUGUAGCUUUAAAUUUAUAGUAAAUAUUUUCAUGACUGUGUUGGUACUCAUAAAAAGUUGAAGUCAGACUUCUUCUUCUGGCCUUCUUUUAGUGUGGUGACCCUGUAGUCAUUAUCAGUAUCCUGAGAACACACCGACCGCUAUAACCCACCUCUCUUCUCAUUUUCUGGGUCCCCCACCCUCUCUGAGUACUUUCCCUUUUUCCUUACCUCCUGCUCACCUCCUCCUCUCUCUCCUCUCUGUAUAUUUUCUUUCCUUCUGUGAGAUUGAAAACACUCUCCUGCUUUCAGAAACACCUGCAGGCCUCCAUCUGCUGCUGGGGCCAUGUGGUCCUGGACCCCCUCUCUCCUUUAAACUUAACUUCCUUUCAUCCGCUCUCUGCAGCCGCUCUGUUAGUGACUCUGUUUACAUCAAGCCGCUGCCUCCACCUUUAAUAUUCAUGUUACUUCAACACGUCCACCUCUUCUAUAUCACCUUUUUCCAGCUUUACAUGAGCCAACUUACGGCAAAACACACACACACACACACACUAGUACACACACACACUUCCAGAUGCAGGUGUGUCAAAGGUCAUGGAAGCAGUGUCCAACUCAAUCAGCCAGUAAAGUGUCCCUGCUGCCUAACUGUGUGUGUGCGCGUCCUACCUCAGAAAACCAACAAAUGACACACUGUGUGUGUGUGUGUGUGUGUGUGUGUGUGUGUGUGUGUGUGUGUGUGUGUGUGUGUGUGUGUGUGUGUGUGUGUGUGUGUGUGUGUGUGUGUGUGUGCGCCUCUUUGCUAAAACACACAAACUCAUAAAGAAAACAAGUUUGUCUGGUUAUUUGUUGUUGCGCCAUCAUCAUACAGCUCUUCAAGCUGCUGUGACUGGCUAUAGAAAACAUGCUCUGAACACACACAGACACACAGACUCACACAGACACGCAAACUGUGCUUUUGACACUGAUGUUGAUACAUGUAGUUUUUUAGCAGAAACCACCAAAGACUGAAACAGAGUGCUUCAUUUUUGUGCUUUCUAUUGUCUCUGGUGAUGAUUCUGAUCUCUACCACAGAGUAUUAGUGUUAUAAAAUCAUUAUGAUACUUAUGAUAAUGUGGUGCUGAUGUGCCAAAACAUUAAGUACCUCUUUGUUUGAGAAACCUAUAGUUAGGGCCAUUUUUACGAAAUGCUUCAUGACUCUCAUUUCAACCACUGUCAUCUUUAACAAAAGGUUUGAGUACAAGGACUUAAUUCUGACUUUAUCCUUGUAAGUACUUCAGUACAACUUUAUUCUCGUUAGUAAUGACUUUAUUCUCAGUAGUUGGCCCUAGUUCUCCAUCGUAGAUUUCAGAUCUGGUUUCACUUUUUGCCUCCUGUGAUAGUAAAGAGUGAAACCGGAGACUGAACAAUGUUGUGGCACCUGCCGUGAAGCCCCCACUAGUAUUAUCAGAAACUAGAAAAGCACUCGGAGAGCGCAGACCUCUGCCAAGCAGCUCAUGUCCCCCCUUAUAUUGUGAUUCACACCAAAACUUUCACUGUUACGUGUCUUUUAUUAACUUUUAUUUGUGUUUAAACUGGUAUGUCCACUGUUCAUAAUGUUCCUAAAACAAGAAAUGCCCUGACCGGGAUUCAAACCCAGGACCUUCUUGCUGUGAGGCAACAGUGCUAACCACUACACCACUGUGCCGCCCAUUUGUUAUCUUUCAGCAUUGAAAAUUCCAACAACACCCUUAUUUUGUGUGUUCUGGAUCACAGUAUAUGGAACUUUGUCUGGAUCAGGAUCAACCUUUGACACCUCAUAAAAAAUUUGGAUCCUUUUGUGUAAUUUUUUACCAAAGAUUCUGGCCAUUUUUAUAGAGUUAAAUGCAAAAAAUCAAAAAUUUGCUCAAUCUCACAAUGACAAAGAAUCCUUCAAAAAAUUCCUGGAUCCAGAAGGCAAACAAACAAACAAACACUACCGAAAACAUAACCUCCUUGGCGGAGGUAAUUAUCAUCAGAAUAAAGCCAAAGGUCUUCAAGUGGAGUGAAGAACUGAUGCGUGCUCUCUCUUAGUUGUGGUACAUAUGACUGUUUUUAGAAAUGUCGAUAAUCCUGACACAAACGCUUUGGUGGAGAAAGAAGUAGACUACUCAGUUUUUCCACUUCAAGUGAUUUUCAAAGAAUGAGGAGUUUUUCUAAGUUUUCAAGAGGUUUGAAGUUGUGUCAAGGGUCGACUCAAAAGUAAUUGUUUUUAAUAAUUGUAAUAGCAUGAGCCAAAAAACUCUGAGAGAUCAUCCAAGAAGUGUCGGAGUGUUUUGUUUCACUUACAGACUUUCCCUCCCUGUCAUCCAGUCAAGUCUCUGUGUCGUGCCUCUCCUACGUUUACUUCUUCUUUGAUCCAAAAUGGUCUCUGGAGGCUUUGUCAGGAUGCUUUUUGUUAUUAAAUAAGACUUUUUUUUUUUUACUGGAAUGGUUUGAAAUGGACUAAAUCCUGACUAAUAAAGGGAUGAGUUACACAGAGAAGGAGGGUGUGUUUGAGGCUGUCGUCAAUCCACUCUCUCUGCUGCUGUUUCUUCUCUGCACCUGCCCGUCAGCUGAGACAUUAACUGUAAACAUGCUUGUCCUGUUCAGAUGCAGUACAUCGACGCUCUGGACGGGGAGGACCUGCUGCUGACAGGAGAGGUGAAGUGGCGCCCUCUGGUGGAGGAGAACGCUCAGAGCAUCCUGAAGGUGGCCACACCAACGUAUAAUGACACCGGGCUGUGA